CGCUAACUGUGCUACACACUGCCGGUAGCGCCAGGCAAACCCUUAGUACUCCACACCAACUAGCUAUUAUCAUGGAGUAAGGUUGUGAUUAUAUUGACAGUACAGAUCUAAAUUAUUCGAAGAGAAAUCCGGACACAACUACACCUGAAGACAGAGAGCCAGAGAGUCGAUUGGAAUUUUCACUGCAAUAGUAACUACUAGCAUUAACAGACAGAACAAUGGGAAGGGAUUGGUCAACGAUUCUGGCAAAAUGUCUCGUUGGUAUGUUUGCCGUCUCCGCCUGGAUUGACAUAAGUGGUGUCUUUGUCGAACUGCCGCUGAUGGUGGAUGUGUUACCUGAAGGAUGGCGUCUGCCCUCUAUCAUCACAUUCAUCAACCAAAUAGCCAACAUCGCGACGCUUGCGUUUUUCUUGUUCACUCGAUAUAGUAAAAGACACGUGGAGAUACCCGUCAAUUUUAUCAUAAUAUUCACCGGCAUUGCAUCGCUGACAUGCAUGAUAUUUUUCUGGGACCACACAACAACUAUACACGGGAGGGAGUACAGCGUGUUUUUUCUGUUGUUGAUUGGCUUAUUAUCGAUAGUAGAUUGUACCUCGACAUUGUCAUUUCUCGCUUUUAUCUCACUUUACCCGGAGACGUUCGUCGCUCCGUACUUUGCCGGUGAUGGAUUAAGUGGACUGUUGCCAGGAGUAGCUGCUCUCAUACAGGGCGUGGGGGGCGAUAUCCAAUGCACUAAUAUAUCGCUGCUUAACAACACUAUAAUGGACAACACAACAGGUUACGACAUAUCACAUUCGACCACGCUACCGCUUUUCCCAGUGGAAACAUUUCUAGGUUUUCUUAUAUGCAUGAUGUGUUGUAGCCUUGCAGCGUAUACAUUACUCAACACUUUGCCAUCGCUACUGAGACUACGGGUGCGUAACCCCAAAUACUCAAUAUUAAUACAAUCAUGGACUCGGAAUCUUGCAGUGAAACGGACAACAGCGAAUCUGCUGAAACGCCGCCAGUGGCAACACGGCGACUAG